UAGUCAGAAGCAGAGUAUGAUUCAGAGAUUUCUGCGUUCUCUCUAAUUCACUCGUUGCGACUUAGAUAUCAAUGCUUGGCGUUGUUGUAUAGGUCAAUCCGUGACUUUAGCGAGUAUGACUCGAAGCUACCCGCGCGCGCAAAUCCAUCUGGCCACUUGUCAGUCAUUAUCAACAGGCGCACAACCAUUCUCGGAUCCUCUCUGUCCAAACAAACACUUCCAAGGCUCAUAUGAUGUGGUCGAGAUGGACUCCAGACCUCACAACCUGCCUCUUGAGGUUGUCCUUCAGAUCUGUCAAGCUCUGCCUCUUCGAAGUAUUGUCUGCGUCGCCUUGACUAGUAGAGAGCUCUAUCACGCGCAAGCUUUGCAAAAACUGUGGCGAUCAAGGCUCACAGGACUGAAUCCUAAGCAUCGGCUUUGUGAUUGCCCCCGACUCCUCGAAGCACGCGCUUUCAAGUUGAGAUCCGAAGAAACCGAGAUGCUGUACAUGAGGACGGAUAUCUGUAAUCAUGAGCUCCUCCUAACUCUGGAAUUACUGGAUCGAGAUUUGCCUGAGCACUGGUUAUGCGAUCUCUGCAUGAAGCUCCAUAAGCGUGUUGCUCAAACAGAGGAUGGCUUGACUUAUCGACCCUGCACGCUCAGUCAAAGCAAUGGACUGUUCUAUCGUCUUGCUCCAUGGGACUACCAGUUCCAAUUCGAGGACGCGCAGCAAGUCAUGAAGCGGUACAUAUAUGGGGCCCCUCAUGGUCUGCCCUUCGAAAUGAUCCAGAUGGACCAGAAAUGGGAAUCCAUAAGCGACUGGUCGCCGAGAGCGUUGGGCUCCACAGAGCCGUCGCCCUUGAUCUGGAAGAAGAGCAUAGAAGUGAAGCCGGAGAUUGUGUUCAGCAGCGGUCCGGUCCUAACUCUGUGGACGAAGCAGCGCCUCUUCUUCCCCAGCGUAUACAUAGGGAUAUUGGGAUUGAGAUCGCAUGACUGGGCCAGGGAGAUCGGCCAAAAAGCAGAGACCCACUUUGCAAUCUGCUGCCAUGCGAACGAUACCGGAAGACACGUUGCUGCGCUACUGGAUCAGCCUUCACGCUUAUGUAGAGCCAGUCCUGAACUAAGACGAUGCGAUGUGUGCUUGACCGAGUAUGCGUUUUUCGUCUACCAGGAAUACAACAAGGAUAGUGUCGAAAUUGUUUUAUCAACGUGGACGAGUCUUGGAUCCUGCAAGCAUUCGUUUCUUCCCGCAUGGUUGACCAGCUCUUGGCUCACCAGUGAGCUCACUUGGUUCGGAGAACGAGGCUCCUUCGCAUUUCCAAAGCCCUUCCACAACAACACGAGCGAGUUCUACGACCAUGCAGCGUUCCGGAGGGCCAUGGUUCUUGCUCGAAGCACGAAACGCAACCCUCCAUCGGACAUGAUCGGUCGACUGGAGCCCUCGGUGUCGAAGGAAUCGGAUGUAAUGCUUGUUCAAACAGUCUCUGAUUCCAGUGAUAUCUAGAGACAUGCUAUCGUACUAGACUCCAAAACAUCGCCGUAUCCGACUAGGAGGUCCAGUUGGGAAAAGAGGAUGUGGCCACAGGAAAGCGGCAAGCAAUUUUCUGGCUUGACAUGAAGAUCAGAGAAUGUCAAAUGUUGGGGAAAGGAAAGUUGGGCAAAUUGGUGGAAAUCUUAACAAUCAUAUCUCAUUAGGCAGAUUGGAAUCCUGUGCGUCAUCUUGUCUUUGUCGU